UGUCGUAUUCUUAUCUUUGCCAAAAAAUAAAAUAAAAAAACGUCAUGCAAAGAGAGACGACGAACAAAAAAGUGGAAGAAAAAAUAAUAAAACAUAAUUUUUCUACAAAAAUAAUUACAAUUACAAAGUUAUCAUAAGUGACGCUAGACGCCAUUUUUUACAUAAAUCAUAUAUUAAUUAAGUUCGCUGUAAAAAGAACAAUUGCAAAAAAGAGGAAGAAGAAAAAUGACGACGCGAGACAGCGACACAUCACUGUGGCUGCAUAAUAAACUCGGGACAUCAAAUGAUUCGUGGAUAAGUGGUUCAAUAUGCUCCCAAUUGAACAAGGAAGUGUUGCGCAACAUAAAGGAAUGCUUUCCCGAUCUUCAGACACAAGUCAAAUUGAAAUUAUUAUUAAGUUUUUUCCAUAUUCCUCGUCGCCUUGUGGAAGAGUGGAAAGCCGAAUUAGAGGAAGUUAUCGAAGUUGCUGGUCUAGAUUCAGAGUUAUGGGUUUCUAUGUUGGCGGAAAGUAUGAAAACAUUUCCUGCGACCAGCUCGCUCAAUACAGAGAUCUCGGAUUACGAGGACACACGUCCCAUAUUCACCGACAUGGUCAACGAUUUGCGAAAACUAGUUUCAAAACACAGUGAUUUGGGCAUGUUGCCUUUGGAAUGUCAAUAUCUCAAUAAAAAUGCUUUAGUUUCGGUGGUUGGACAACAGCCUAAUACUGUUAAGCACUUUACCAUUAAACGCAAACCAAAAAGUGCUACUUUGCGUACAGAACUUUUGCACAAAUCGGCAGAUGCGCAAUCUUCUCUGAAAAAGGCUUCAGCUCCAACUAUUCCCCUAAGAUCUCGAGGCAUGCCACGUAAAAUGACAGACACUACUCCUCUUAAAGGUAUACCUUCAAGAGUGCCCACAUCUGGUUUUCGUAGCCCCAGUAUUAAUGCGACAAAUGCUCAACGGCCAAAUUUAAGUCGUACUCCAGCCGGACGCAAGGAUGGUGGCAUUAAACUAAUUGAAUUGUCCGAACAACCUUUAGGAUAUGCUGCCGCCAAGAAACGUAAACGUGAACAGCAACUUGAAGAACAGGCUAGAAAACAAGAACAAAAGGCGGCAGCUGCCGCAGCUGCUGCAGCAACCGCUGCUGGUAGCACUUCGCCUUCGGCUGCCAAUAAUAGUUCCCAAAGUGGAAAAGAGGCAAAUACCCCCACUACGCCCACUUCCGCUAAUAAUAGUUUCGAAAUUAAAACUGAAACGAAUCUUCUCAAUCAAAGUCAAAGUAGCAGUGCCGAUGAAGGUCACGCUUCUGAUACCAAGGAAGACAUUAAACCGGUCAUUAUUGCAGCAACUGCUACCAUAAAGGAGGAUGAAAAACCAUCUGUAACUCCUGAAUAUGCUCCACCAUCUUUGAGUUAUGCACAAAACACUCCAGCUGGUAUAUUGGAUAGUGUUAAUAACUCUCAACUGGAAGACACCAAACCCAAUACACAGACUUUGAUUAAGACCAUCAUGCCAACUCAGUCUCCGGAGAAAGCAACCAUCACUUUACAAACACAACAGCAGCAGCAGCAGCAGCAACAACAGCAGCAAACAACCAUUAACAACAAUAAUAAUCUAAAUCAUGUAAAUAAACGUAUUAAGCAAGAAAUCAAAAUUGAAAGUGAAGAAAUACUGGUACCGGCCAAUAUAAAAGUCGAAAAAAUAGAGCAGCCAACUAUCACGACUCAACAUACACAAACUCAAACCUUAGGUCAGCGUAUACAACAACAGCAGCAGCAACAACAGCAAACUCAACAACUGGCGCCACAAAGCCAACAAAGAGUUAUUAUACAACAGCAAGCUUUGCCGACAUUGCAUCAAAUACAAACGUCAACAUCUCAGCAGCAACCAACCACACAGCAUGUCAUAAUACGUACGUCGCCACAACAGCAAAAGCAAACAUUGACUGUACGUCAACAGAACACGCCGACAACACCUAUCAAAAUGGAAAAACUAGAAAUCAAGCCAUUGGUGCGUACCACCACUCAGCCAGGAACUAUAAUAACACAACAACAACCCAUGCGUCCUGCCAGCAAUUCAACGUCAACAAAUCCAUUGGCCAAUUUACCCAACAAUAUUUCCGUGAAAAUUACCUCAACAAAAACUGGUAAAGUAACACAACAACAGCAACAGACACAGCAACAACAGCAACCCAUAUUGAUUAACAGUUCUACACCAGUGAUAUUGGCUUCGACACCCUCACAAACGGCAGCCUUAAGACAAAAACAAUUGGCAACGGCCACGGCCACAACACAGAAUGCCACACCGCAAACCGCCCAGGCCAUAAAAUCGAUGCCUUUGAGUCAACUGAAGAAUGCCACCAACAGUGGGCCGGUUAUUAUUUCACAAACCAUCAUACAACCAGCCAAGAGAGCCCAACAGCAGCAGCAACAACAACAACAACAGGCUUCAAAUCAACCACAAAAGACUCAAAUCAUACAACAGCAGCAGCAACAACAACAGCCGACAACUACAACCACACAAUAUAUGACACAACAACAGCAGCAACAAACACUACCAACAUUAACAACAUUUACACCAAAUCGUCAACAUCAAACCUCGUAUCAAACAACCUCAUCAGCACCCCAAACACCGACAUCAACAAAAAUUCUAUUGAAAACUUCACCCAGCUCUUCGGUGGUUAUACGUCAACAGCAGCCCCAGCAGCAAACGAUCAAUGUGAGUGGUGGCAAUCCACCACCUUUAUAG